AUGGCAGCAGACCCAAUGGAUCUCGUUGACAAGGCAAUUGCAGACAUAGAGGCUCGCCUAGGGCUCCUACCUGGCCAGAGCAUCGACACCAACAAGAAUAACAACAAGAAACAAAACAACAACAAAAAGAACGCCAAGAAGCAACAAUCCAAACCAGGAGCUCCACCCCCUGAUCAGCAACCUGACAUUUGCAAGCUAGAAUUCAAGGUCGGUGUUAUUACAAAAGUUUGGAACCACCCUGAAGCGGAUAAACUUUAUUGCGAGGAGAUUGAUGUUGGUGAAGAAUCGGUCAGACAAAUUGCGAGCGGCUUGAGACCGUAUAUGACGACCGACGACAUGCUUGGGGCCAGAUUAUUGGUAGUGUCGAACCUGAAGGCCAAAAAUUUGGUUCGAUUCAAAUCACAUGGUAUGGUCCUUUGUUGCAAGGAAACAUCUGAGGAUGGGACUGAAAGAUGUGAAUUCGUACAGCCACCUGAAGGAGCUCUCAUUGGGGAAGUCGUGACAUUUGAGGGGCUUCCAAAGCCGCAUCCUCUCAGUGGUGCUCAAGUGGAAAAGAAGAAGGUGUGGGUGACUUGCGCCCAAAAUAUGAAGAGCAAUGGCAGCUGUGUUGCAACAUGGAACGGACACGCCUUCAUGACCAGCGCUGGUCCUUGCAAGACAAAGACAAUUAAGAAUGCCCAGUUGAGCUAA